GUUUACGCCUAAAUGCAUGCGAUUUUGUUGCAUGCCAUAAUACGUGUUUGUGAACGGUUGUAACAGUAUUAGUGUAGGCAUAAGAUAGGAUAGGAUUAAGAAAUAUUGUAAAUAUAGAUAGAACCCAAAACGCAUUCGACCAGAGCAGACGUCCCCCCUUGAACAGCACAACGAACCAUCCGAACAUUUGGUCCUUCGAACCGGAUCGUUCCUGUUAGUUACCGUUCCUAUUGUUGUUUAAGUUACGUUGGUUUUGUGCAAAGUUAUAGUGUUUAUCGUCCUGGUGUUGUUGUGAACAAUUUGCGCUUGCGCUCGUAAGAACUUUGUGUCAGUUGUAACCAGCGAAGGUGUAAGGACGGAGAACGACAGUGUUUUUAUUUGUUUUCAAGGGGAAUUUGUGAUUUGUUUAAGUUUCACAUAGUAAUUUGUUCGAAUGCAGAUAAGUAAUUGCACGCGGACUUAACUAAGCGUGGGUUCAGGGUGUUGACCUUUCGAUUUGUCGGUGAACUAGUGAACUAUCAAGGACGGACAUUGCACAAGGUUUAGUGUGUUUACAGCAGUGGUAUUAGUGUAGUGUUUCGUACGCUGGAAGGAAAGUUCAUCGAUGAACAGUUCGGUGCCGUAGCAAGUUCUUCGAUAAGGAUAGAAGCAGCCAUUGCAACUAACCCACGGUGAUUAGGCAGGAACGGCGGUAGUGGCAAUUUUUGAAGCUUUAUCCGUGAAGUGUGGAACAAGCUUGCUUGCAGAGAUUGAUGUUGUGCCGAUAGCAAGGUUCAAAUUAUAGAAUUCAGUGUGUGGUCAACACGUGGCUUGAUAGUGGUAUUAGUGCGAAAGAACUAAGUACGUUAACCUUACAACGCAACGCGUCAGAGUGAACAGCUUUGAGAGUACGACAGGGUUCAUCAGUGAAGGAAGUGAAAAAUAUUUAAAAUGCCUGCAGGGGACAAGCAACAGAAACAAUUACAGCAGCUGCAGCGCUUAUAUCGCGAUAGUUUGCGUAGCAUUGACAUUUACGAAGAGUUUGUGAACAAUUACGAUCCAGCCAGAGAUAGUGACCAGGUCCCAGUGCAAUUAGAACAGUUAGAGGAAGUGAAAAAUGCAUUUACAGAUGCUCGAGCACAGUUACUCAUCGAAGAGUCAAGCGUCGAAGACGAAAUGUGGAAUGAUCAAAGGACAUUCAUGACAAAAUAUAUGAAGGUGAAGGGUUUUUUGUGCGCACAACAACGAGUAGAUGCAACAAAUCUUGUGGCUAGCAGUACGUUUCAAACAUCAGUGACGCAUACACCAUUACGACUUCCCGAAAUCAAUCUGCCUUCAUUCGACGGCGAUGCAACGAAAUGGCUCACUUUUAAAGAUCGUUUUACCUCUAUGGUUCAUGAAGUGAUAGAACUCCCAGAUGUAACAAAACUGCAGUAUCUGUUGACGGCGUUGAAGGGAAGUGCAGCAACACCAUACGAUCAUACGCAGUUAGUAGCAGAAAACUACGAGUCAACAUGGAAAUCAUUGCUACAGCGUUUUGAUGAUUCUAAGAGAAUAAAACGAGAAUAUUUCAAGGCACUUUACCAACUGGAGUCUAUGAACGGGUCAAGCGCUGAGGAGUUGGCACGUCUUGUAAAUGAAACCAGGCGGCUGGUACGAGGGAUGGAGAGGUUGAAUGAGCCGGUAAAUCAAUGGGACACUCCGCUUACAAGUUUGAUUCUCUACAAGCUAGAUUCUGCUUCUUUGAUGGCCUGGGAACAAUAUUCUGCCGAUCAUGAGGCAGACACGUAUAAACGUAUGAUUGAGUUCUGCGAGAAACGAGUGAAAAUACUAAGUAGCUGCACCACACACACAACGAACGCUGUAGACACAAGGCCGGCAAGGGUGGUCGGCAGUUCAUCACCACGUAGUUAUGCAGCAGCGCGUCAGAAGAAAGAAAGUGCGACCUUUUUAGCAUGUGCAGCACAAACUCCCAAGGCAGCCUCUAAUACCUGUCCGGUCUGCAAGGCUGAUCAUAAUGUGGCGAAGUGCACCUCAUUCAGAAGCAUGGACUUGUCCCAAAGGCAGACGGUUGCGAAGGAAGCUAGGUUAUGCUUCAGCUGCUUAAGAAGAGGACAUUCUAUACGAUUUUGCAGAAUGCAUGGCAGAUGUUUAAACUGCAAUGGAAGGCAUAACACUUUAUUGUGUAUCAAGCAGGGAGAGUUUCCAGUAUCAACAAGCUCAGAGACAUCAGCGCUGCCAAUUAGUGCGACACUUCAGGACAAGGUAGAGAAGCCACAAAAAACCGUCUGGUUGUCAACAGCUCUUAUUUUGGUAGAAGGGGUUAAUGGUUCUACGAUUCCUGCACGAGCCCUCCUGGACAUGGGAGCCCAGUCUAACUUUAUGUCCGAAAGAUUGGUUCAGCAGCUAAAACUAAAGAAGGAACGAGUUCACAAGCCGCUGUCAGGAGUGGGAACCGUUGCAUUGACCGCGAACAAUUUGGUUUCGACAACUGUCAAAUCUAGAACAACCACAUUUGUUAAGAGGCUGGAGUUUUUAGUACUGGCAAGGGUAACAGCUAACUUCCCAUCGAGAUACGUGAAAGUCGAAGGCUGGAAUGUUCCAUCAGGAUUGGAAUUGGCAGAUCCAUCAUUCUACCAGCCUGGAUCAAUAGAUCUUUUAUUGGGGGCGGAAGUGUUUGCCGAUAUGUUGAAGCAAGGUCAGAUCAAACUCGCGCCCCACUUACCCAAGCUACUCGAAACUCAUCUUGGAUGGAUAGUUAGUGGCACUGUGUUUGAGCAUCCUAAAGGAAGUAUUGAUGAAGCCCAUAUUGCGUGCUGUGCUGUUGAAGACGAUAGUUUUGAUACGGCAAUGAAGCGGUUGGUGAUGCUGGAAGACCUUCCAACAGAAAGAAUUCGCUCAAAGGAAGAGGAACAAUGCGAGCGCAGCUACCAAGAAACAACAUACCAGAACGAGGAAGGCAGAUACGUGGUUCAGCUGCUCAAACGGUUCGAUUGGAAGACACUUGGAGAAUCCAAAGAAACUGCACUGAAAAGGUUCAUGGCUAUGGAAAGGCGAAGAAAAUCGGACUGCAGGCUCGACGACGCUUACAAAGCCUUUAUGAAAGAGUACCUUGAUCUUAAACACAUGUCAUAUUUGGGUACGUAUGCAGAAAUCGAUACAAAUAACUUAAGACCUUCUUUCUUUCUUCCACAUCAUGCGGUUUGGAAAACGGACAGCACCACCACUAAAUGCAGAGUUGUAUUCGACGCAUCAUGUAAAACAACUUCUGGUCGGUCCCUGAAUGAUGUGCUAUUAACCGGUCCGCAACUACAAGACGACGUUGUAUCGAUACAGCUGCGAUUUCGGAUGAAACUAGUAGCUGUAGUGGCAGAUGUGGAAAAAAUGUAUCGUCAGAUACUCGUGAAGGACUGCGAUAAGGCAUUGCAACGAAUUUUGUGGCGCAGCGAUGCUAAUGAGCCGAUAGCAGUGUACGAGUUGAACACGGUCACAUACGGCACGGCCUGUGCUCCGUUCUUAGCCAUCCGAACCCUGCAGCGAAUCUUUGAUGAUCAUGGCACCAAGUUUCCGAAGGCAAUGGCAUGCAAGGCAGAUUUUUACGUCGAUGAUUUGCUGUCCGGUGCAACGACAACACGUGAUGCACAAGAAAUGGCCGGGCAGUUAAAUAAGUUACUUUCGUGCGGAGGAUUCAGUUUAAGAAAGUGGGCAUCCAAUUGCCCAGAAGCGCUGAAAGAUAUUCCGGAAGAUCAAAGAGCAACCAACCCACAGCAUGAAUUGGCAGCCGAGACCAGCUCUAUUUCGACGCUUGGAUUAUUGUGGACACCUGAAUCGGAUAUUUUACAAGUCCAGGUUAAGCUACCGAUACAGGAGAGCAAAUGCACGAAACGACAGGUGCUAGCAUGUAUUGCACGUAUCUACGAUCCACUCGGCUUCAUAGAUCCGGUUAAGAUGAAGGCCAAGCUUUUUAUGCAGCAAAUUUGGAUGUUGAAGGGAACAGAUAAGCGCGCUUGGCCAUGGGAUGAAGAACUCCCGGAACAGUUGGCUCGAGAUUGGAUGUCAUUUUUUAUGCAGCUACAUCUCUUGGAAAAGGUACGCAUUCCACGGGUAGUUAUUCAGAGUGAUACGUUAUCGAUGCAGUAUCACCUGUUCUGCGAUGCAUCAGAGAAAGGCUACGGUGCGUGCUGCUACGUUCGAAGUGUCUCGACCAGAGGAGAGGUGUUAGUUCGACUGAUGAUUUCAAAAUCCAAGGUGACACCGUUAUCUCAGAGGAUGACCAUUGCACGUUUGGAGCUCUGUGGCGCGUUACUGGCAAGCAGAUUGUACGAGCAAGUAAAACAGGCAAUUGGCCGCGAUGAGCCUACAUUCCUGUGGACCGAUUCGAUGACCACUUGGCAUUGGAUUCAUUCCCCUCCAAGUCGGUGGAAGACAUUUGUUGCGAAUCGGGUUUCGAAGAUUCAAAACCUUACGGAAGGAGCCAGCUGGAGACAUGUGCCUGGAGUGGUGAAUCCAGCCGAUGUGGUGUCUAGAGGCUGCGAUCCUGCAACGUUUAUGGAGUCAACAUCAUGGUGGUCGGGGCCAGAAUGGUUGGCAUCGACAGAAGAAAAUUGGCCAACAGUACCGGAGUCUAAGACUCUGGAGACGGGUGAAGAACGUUCCAACGAGUUAAUACUUUCUUCACUGGAUGAAGAAGGAUUUAUUGACCAUUUGUUCACCCGUUACGGAUCAUACUCAAAACUUCGCAUGGUAGUUGGGUACUGUUUGCGGUUUAUACAUGCUUUGCGAAUGAGAGUAAGCAGCUCAAAGGUCCAGCCUAAGUUUGGUGAGGGCCUUUCAACGGCAGAACGGCAGCAGGCAGAAUGGGUAUUGUGUCGAUUGGCUCAACGUAACUCGUUUAAUAGAGAAUGGAAGGAUUUAAACGCCAAGAAACCAGUUCAUCGAGCGUCACAUCUUCGAGGGUACCAACCAUUCAUCGACAGCAAUGGUUUAAUUCGGAUAAACGGCAGAUUGCAACAUGCAUCUCUAUCACCUGAUGCCAAACAGCCCAUAGUGAUACCGAAAAAACACCCGUUGGCAAUCCUGUUAGCUGAGUACUACCACCGGAAAAACCUGCAUGCUGGUCCACAGAUGAUGCUUACCAGAAUAAGGCAACGAUUUUGGCUGUUGGAUGGACGAUCGGUGGUGAGAAAGGUAUUUCAUCAAUGCGUGCGCUGUUUCAGAUGCAAACCUAAGGCAGUCACUCAACCGAUGGCGAGUCUUCCGAAAAACAGAGUGACUGAGGCGAGACCGUUCUCUGUAGCUGGCGUCGAUUAUUGCGGUCCUGUUUGGGUGAAGGCACAAUCGCGGAGGGCCGCCCCUAUAAAGGCUUUCGUUGCAGUAUUUGUGUGUUUUAUUACGCGUGCCGUCCACAUCGAGCUCGUGUCGGAUUUGAGUACACCAGCGUUCCUAGCUGCAUUAAGGCGAUUCGUAUCGAGAAGAGGCUUGGUAUCGGAGUUAUACUCUGACAACGGUACGAACUUCAGGGGAGCUGCGAACGAGCUACACCGCCUAUACGAGCUGCUCAAUUCUCCUGAUGACCGAAGGGAGAUCUCAUCUUGGUGUGCCGAGAACCAGAUAUCGUGGAAAUUCAUCCCACCCCGGACUCCACAUUUUGGCGGAUUGUGGGAGGCUGCAGUGCGUUCUAUGAAGCACCAUUUGAUUCGCGUCAUCGGAAAUGCGUCAAUGUCUUAUGAAGACAUGACAACGUUGCUAUCGGAAGUAGAAGCAUGCCUUAACUCAAGACCUCUAACGAUUCUUUCUAAUCAUCCCACAGAUCCAGAAGUACUCACCCCUGGACACUUCCUAACUGGCUCGCACCUCCAGCAUGUCGUAGAGGUUGAUUUGAAGGAUGUACCAGAAAACCGUGUGAACCAUUGGCGCCUCGUUCAAAAACGACUACAACACUUCUGGGAAAGGUGGCGUUUAGAAUAUAUGCAACAAUUGAAUGGGAAACACAAAUGGGAUUGCAUUGCGACAAAAAUUGUGCCAGGAACAGUAGUAUUGUUAAGAGAGGAUAAUGUAGCACCUAUGAAAUGGCCAUUGGCGAUAAUAACAGAGGUUUACCCUGGUAGUGACGGCAUAGUAAGAGUGGUAAAAGUACGUACGGCUCAAGGCAAUGAGAUUAAAAGACCAACUGUGAGAAUCUGUAUUAUACCGAAUCAAGAACGACAAAUGGCACACGAUGGAAGUUAGAUUAAGUUUGUACAUAGCAUGUUCUAAGGUUAGGAAUAAACGCAUGAAGCUAGCAAUUAUUUCACGAAAAGGAUUACAAGCAUGCGAGGUAAAAUUAAUGAAUUUUAGGUGGUCGGCAUGUUUACGCCUAAAUGCAUGCGAUUUUGUUGCAUGCCAUAAUACGUGUUUGUGAACGGUUGUAACAGUAUUAGUGUAGGCAUAAGAUAGGAUAGGAUUAAGAAAUAUUGUAAAUAUAGAUAGAACCCAAAACGCAUUCGACCAGAGCAGACGUCCCCCCUUGAACAGCACAACGAACCAUCCGAACA